AUGCACGACGACAUCAAGAAAGCCACGCUGGCAGCACACAUCAUCAACCUGCAUGGCAGAGCAUGGACCCCAUGCAAAGGGACAAAAGAUCCCAACAGUUUUCAACUGAAAAAUGAUAAGGGAAUAAGCUGUCAAAAAGGAAUAGGUGGAAGGAAUGGCAAUGGGCCAAGGUUUGUAUGUCAGGUCUGCAACAAAGAAGGUCUUACAACAAAUAGGUGCUAUUACCGCUACGACAGUAACUACAAUGGUUUUCCACCUCAGAAAGACUUCAAUGCUCAAAACCAGGCUCUCUAUGCAGGGUGCGCGAGGCUCGGCGUGGAUUCAGGCUCGCUGCGGGUGUACGGACGUCGAACAGCUGGGCUGUGUCGUGACCGGGAGAUGGGCUUGCGUACGGACCGCUGA